UUAGAUAGGAGGAAUGUUUGGUUUGUUUUCAGGACAACCAGCCCAUCUAAGCAGAAAUAUUUGAAAAUGAGUCGUCAAAACACAUCUCCAUCAAAUGGAUCAUCACUACCGAUGACUUCGUCUGAGAAACAGGUUGAAAACCAAGCAAAGUUUUGUCAAGCUCGUGUCGGUCAGACAGAAAAACACCUAGGUCUGCUAUGUGAAACAGUCGGCUCCAUGAACAGAAAAUCAGCAAAAAUGAGAGACAAGGGUGAUAUCCUGGCAAAGCAGUUGAUUGACUACGCAAAGAGUGAAGACAUUAGUCACUCACUAAAGAACGGCUUGUUACACUUCUCAGAAAACUUGUCUGCCAUACAAGAUUACAGACAGGCGUCAAUUCAGAGAGUAGAAUCCAAAGUGUUACGUCCGCUGAGUGAUUACGGAAAUAUCUGUAAACAGGUCAAGUCCGGUGUGAAGACAGAACUCACAGCGAUCAAAAAGGAACAGAAAAUGGUACAACAGCUUCAGAAAGUGAGAACGAAAAGUCCAGCUGAUGCUCAUCAAAUUAGUCGGGCAGAAACAGAAGUACAGAAAGCAUCUGCUGACGCCUCUAUAGGAAGUAAAGCCUUGGAGUCACAGCUAGAUUUGUUUGAGAAAAACCGACUUCAUGACCUCAAGAAUAUCAUGAUGGACUUUGUGAAUGUUGAGAUGAUGUUUCAUGCCAGAGCUUUGGAAUUCUAUUCCAAGUGUUUUGAAAGUCUAGCACUAGUAGACGAGGAAAGAGAUUUAGAUGAAUUCCGACGGAAGCUACGGCUUGCUAAAGGUAUGAAUCCAGAGGAGUACAACAGGACAUUGGAAAGUAUCGGAACAGGCACGUCCUCUGGGAUGUCCACCACAAUAGGUAGUGGAUCCAUGGAAACGGAUACAUACGGGGACACAUAUGGCGACUCGUCAAUGUCUGGGUCUCGACGCGUACGCAUCAACACCAGAGGGUCAACAAUGUAUGGAGAUGAUGAUGACGACGACGACGACGAUGAUGACGAUGAUUAUGAAGAUGACCUAUCAACACGACGAUGAAAAUAUGUAGGCAAAUAGUUACAAUAUCAUUAUUAAUUUUAUUUAUUUUUCAUAUUACAUCAAGCAUGAAUCUCUUUACACACAUUAAUUUGCAUUGAUGCUUAAAAAAAAGGAAACUGGAAGGAAAAGUGGAUUAUUAAAUGAAAAUAGAUUUGUAGGUAAAUUCUUUAAAUGAAAUCGUCCCAACAGUUAGAAAAUAUAUAUAUUUAUUCCUUUAUCUGUCAGAUGUAUAUGUUGUACUUGGGGAAAUAGAGGGACCUUUACCUCGAUUAGGAUGACCAUGGAAAGAAGAUUGGAAUUUAAAUGGCUUGAAAUCAAACAAUGUAAAAGAAACCACUCUAUGAAUAUGUACUCUAAAUUUUACAAUUUUUCACUGUAGUGCUUCCAUACAUUGUAUAUGAAAAUGAACUUUAUUUAUACGAAUUAUGUCGUUUUCAAAUUGCCCCUUCU